CACGUUUCAUGAACUUGCAAUCUCUUCUGCAUAGUAUUUACUCUCUUGUUGUUUCAGUAUAAAUAGGGUCAUCAACCUCACUCCAUCUGCAAGUCCUUGAGCUUAUCUCUACUUUUUGUGUCUCCCUCAUCAUCUCAAUCCUCCAAAAGCCUAACAUGUCCACAAUGCUGAAAUCAGGCAUGAAAAUUGAGGAGAAAAAAGGGAAGAAAACAGCACAGGCCAGCUCCAGAAAGGGGUGCAUGAGAGGUAAAGGAGGUCCCGAGAAUGCCACUUGCACCUACAAAGGUGUGAGGCAGAGAACCUGGGGGAAAUGGGUUGCUGAAAUCCGUGAACCCAAUCGUGGUGCUAGACUCUGGCUAGGGACAUUUGAAACCUCUCAUGACGCUGCUUUGGCUUAUGAUGCUGCAGCACGUAAGCUUUAUGGCCCUGAUGCCAAACUCAAUUUACCAGACCUUUCUUUGCCCCCACUGAAACCACCUCAGUUUCCCCCACCACCACCUCCUGGUACCAGCACUCAAACUCUUGAUAUGGAGAAUCUGCAACAGCCCCUGAUGCAAAACAACAUAGACAUUCCAACUUGUUCUAAUUUCAAUUUCAACCCUGCAGUCUCCAUGGCCUCUCAGGAGGUUGGAGUCACUCCAAUUUACACCAGUGAUUGCAUCGUGUCCCUUCCCUUGGACACCAAUCCUAAGCCAAUUGCAACCUACCCAAAACUUGAGGGGAUUGAGGGAGAGUUUUCUCCAUCUUGGGAGACAAUGAACGAGACUUUACCUGUUUUUGAUGAUUCUAUCUGGGCCGAAGCUGCUAUGUCUCUAGAUCUUCCUCUAAUUGCAGCAGAGAAUGAGAUUUACACACCGGAGAACAACAACUUGGCAGAUGUGGAUAUGUGGGACCCUCAAACUCCAUGGUGCAUGUAAUGUCAUCCUUUGAGUCACAACUCCCUUUGAGUCACAUCUCAUAAGGGCAAGGACAAGCAGCUAUUAUACCUUAUAGUAGCUGCGAUCUGGUGUUUUCUAUAUAUAUAUAUAUACACGGUGUAUAGAGGGGUAAAGACAUCUGUGUUACCACUGGUUUGGUAAUAAGAUAUAAUAUAUAUAGAUACUGUACUACUACUAUAUAUAUUGUGUAUGUGUCUUUUAAGUUACCACAUAUAUGUAUGUAAAUAUUACUUAAUAGUGUUAGGGAUGGUGGUCGUGUCCCCUUUCGUCCUCUAUAAUCCCUAAGUGUCCCCUUUCGUCCUCUAUAAUCCCUAAGUGGUGUGUCCUCUCGUGCCCUAUUACCAAAUAAGUCAUUUAGAGGUUUCGUCUCAAAUAUCGGUUUGUGCCCUAUCUAUUGUCUCGGUAUUAAUAAGUUGUUUAGGUUUUGUGCCCUAUCUAUCGUCUCGUUUAGGUUUUGUGCCCCAUCUAUCGUCUCGUCUCGGUAUUUUGUGUCCUAUCGUCCUGUAUCAAUAAGGUAUUAAUAAGUUGUUUAGGUUUUGUGUCCUAUCGUCCUGUAUCAAUAAAGUAUUAGUAAGUUGUUUAGGUUUUGUACCCUACGACUUGUAUCAAAAGUUGUUUAGAUUUUGUGCCCUAUGUGUUUGUUCGGCCUUUGUUUUGUUUAGGUUUUGCACAGUUUUGUGCAGUGUAUCAUCUGUGUCUUCAAUAAGUACUAUAUGAAUAUCCAUCUGUGUCUUCAAUAAGUACUAUAUCAAUAGGUCUCGUUGGUUUUGUGCAGCGAGCGAGAUAUAUGUAAGCUGCAAGCAUGAGAUCAUGUUGCUUUCCUGCAGCCUGAGAUAUAUGUAAGCAGAUUGUGUUUUGUGACUUUUAUGUCAAUAAGUAUUAUAUUAACCGAUGGUGCAAAGUGAGAUAUGUUUGUAAGCAGCUUAUGAGUUUUAUGAGAUAUGUGAGAGCAGCUUGUGACUUGUAUGUCAUAAAGUAUGUAUGCACUUUCUUAUCUGCAUAAAUAAUAAGAUGUCUUAUGCCUGUUUAUGUUUA